UCAUUUUUUGAAAGUAGAUUCCAGGUUCCGACCAGUUCCGACCGCAAAGAAAUUCAAUAUGGCGGCCAGGUAUGAUUUUGUAUUUAUUUUGUUUAAAGUUGACAUUUUAAUCUUCCCUUUUAUAGUCGUUAUAUUAAAAUAUUAGAACUAUACUGAAAUAUAUAUUCAACAACAAUUCUACGCUCUCAAAAUAUCCUAGAACUUUGGAACAAGUCACUGAAUCAGCAAAUGCCGCAGGGGUGUCAACAGAGACUGGUAUAGUUCAAGUGUUGAGGUUCUCAGACAAUCUCAUGAGUGAAGAAUAUAAAUUGUUAGAGUUGCCUUCUGGCGUAUUGGAUAGUUUUCAAAAUAAGGAAAGGUGAGAUAUUCAGGGUUCGAAUUGGACAAUUAGUUAAAAAAUGAUGUGCAACUUUUUUUUUAAUGUGGCUGUUUAUAAUUUUUAUAAAAUAGGUUCAUGAUUGUCUUAGCUACUCAUUCAAACAUGUACAAUGAAACUGCAAAAAAUUAAUACUUUUUAAAAUAUUUUAAUACUUUUUAAAUUUGUUUGCAAUCUUUGAUGCACAAACCUAUUAAAUUAACCUAUUAAACACUGUGACACAUACAGUAACGCACACAUCAGUCAUGUAUUUGUCUGUCUGUCUGUCAUGGUGGCUAAAAUUUGACACCUUCCAUGUCGCUAGUGUGCAUGCAAAAGCACCUUUUUAUAAAUUAUCUCCUAUUCCAAAAUUGGUCCCGAAGAAAAUUGGGGGCCCCCUCCCCCCUUGGUUGCUACGAAGCUGCAUGACGGGUUAAAUCAAAAUUGUUUCAAUUUCCAAGUGUUGUUAUCCGUGGGGAAUUACAAGAUGACGCUGUGCUGUGCACUGAAAAGGAAACAUUUGAUUUGAAGCUUGCUGACACAUCCAAUACAAUGUUACUCGCUCCAAAUACACUCCUGCCAGAAAUGCCAGGUAUAGUUAAUGUUAAAUACUACCCAGUAAGGGAAUGUGAUGUGACAUGCUACUUCCAAAACCAAUGCCCUUUCAGUGAAUAUUAUUGUCAAUAAUACUUCCUUUUUCAUUUCUUCUAGAAUUUAAAUCUUCAGAAAGUAUAAGAGAAAGUGAGGUCAGGACGAAUUCUGAAAGAAAAUGACACUGUGAUAAUCACAGAUGAACAGACAGUAGACAAACAGACAAAACAGUAGAAAUACUACCUACACCGGACCCCACUUUUGAAAAUUUGAAAUAUCAUUCAGGUAGUUCAGACAGGAACCACAGUAACUUAUUGUAGAAUACUAUCAACACUGGACCACCACGUUUGAGAUAUCUUUUUAAGGUAGUCCAGACACAAACUACGGCAGCUUAUUGUAGAAUACUACCUACACUCAGGGGCGUAGCUAGAGGCGGGAGGAAUUCAUCACAGAUUUGGCAAAUUAUGUCUGCUAGACUCGGCAAAUUGUUUUCGGAUUUGUCGAGAAAUUGGAAAAUGUUUUAGUGGCUCGGAAUAAAGCGGUUGUAGUGACUCUGCAAAAUUUGCCUUGCUAACUCUGAAGAAUUCACUUACACCCCCCUCCCCCAUUCAAAGAGGUCUAGCGAUGCCCCUGCCUACACUGGACCACCUGACCACGUUUGAGCACACAAACCACAGCAGCUUAUUGUAGAAUACUACCUACACUGGACCUCAUGUUUGAGAUUUUUUUUUUAGUAUAGCAUCUUAGCAUCUGAUGUUGUGUGUGUAUUAUUCAGAUAUGUGGCUGUGUAUCCGUCUAUUAUGAACUGCGACAGCGGCUACCAAAACUGCAAAAACUAAGAAAACUUUUAGAAGAAACUGCAUAUAGGGGAGAAACGUUUGAAAAACAAAUUAAAGAUGGUUUUGCCAGGGUAGGUAUUGCAGGAACAAAAAAACCAUAAUAAUUUGGCCGAUUAAUACUAGACUUGUCAGGAUGAAUCAUCUGUCAAAUAUUUGCAUAAGUUCAUAGUUUGUCUACCCAGGGGCUGUUCAUAUAGCUAUUUUAAAAUGAAGAUAUAUGAUUGUAAAAAUUUAAACCGUCCUAGUUUAGCGAUAGUUUAUUCCAUGUUUGAGACAUAGGCAGGGGCGUUGAAGUUUGAACAGGAAUAGUUGUCUGUAUGUGUUGUUUGAUUGUGUAAUUAUAGACAAACCUAAAUAAAUAAAUAUGAGCUGAUAAUCCUGAUAUAAUACCAGGAUAAAUCAGUAUCUUAAAUGUCAUUUUCGAUAUUUAUCAAAGCCGUUAUAAAAGCUUUAUUAAUUAAACAAAUCAUCCUGGUUAACUAGGCCAGCCUGUCACCAUAUGAACAGCCGUUCAGGUGAACAUAAUUUGUUCCCAGGACCUUUGGACCAUUGCCAGUAUUCUAGUUUGUCAGGGUGAUCCUGUCAGAUCCAGACAGAUGAAUAUAACGGUCCAGUUAAUCUGAUGUUUCAGUACACACUCGAAGAUCUACGGGAGAGAGUUCAAGCAAGUGAAAAAGAGCUAAGAGAAGGAUUAAAGAAAUUAGAAGCACUAGAAAUGAAUGGUGAGUUGAAAAAAGUAUGUAAGACCAAAAAAUACUUGAGUUUCCUAUUUCUUGUUGCAAAAGAUACGGUUUUCUUGCAAACUUCAGAUAGAAGAUGGGUCGGUGAUUUCAGAAGCUAGGUUGGUUAGGGAGACUGGAAACCUGGGUACUUUUUUUGCCUAACUUCAUUAUAAUUUCACCUCAGUUGCAUGCGAGAAGAGUUGAUUGUGAAGGUUUGCUUAAAAUCAAGACUCAAUAGUCAAUUUGCACUCUUGAACACUGUAGUGCUUGCAAAAAAUGUUGCUUUGUGUUUACUGUUGCUACUCGUAAGUUGAUUUGUUAUAGGUUACAUUUCAGCCUGAGUUAGUAGAUGCUCCAAAUACAGUAAAACUAAAAAAUAUAGCGUAGCGAAAUAGCGAAAUAGUUCGGUACAUUUUGUAAGCAGUAGCUGUAGUCAGUAGCGAACUACCUUUGUUCAAAAGUAGCAGUAGUUGUAGCUGACUACAUAUUUUUGAAGUAGCUGUAGUUAUAGCGAACUACAAAAAUUUUGUAGUCAACCCACCCUUGAUUUAUAUUCAGGUUACUGGCGAAUACUGGAAACGGAAUAUUGUGAAAAGGUCGUAGUUGCUAUACUUAACUUGAUGGAAGAAAAUUCCUGGAGUUACGACCGUGUUCCUAUGAAGGAGACGUGUGACGUAUUAGAGGAACUGGAACCUAGGUAAUUGGAGUCUUGUUACCGUUUGGUCUCGACUGUCGUGAUCUAACUUCCCUCUUGUGUGCUAUAUGCAAACUUAACCAAUCAAGAUGUUGUUCACACAAUGAGCCUUCCCAGACAAGGAAGAGGUUAUUUCGUUGUCCUCAGAGUGACAAAACGUAACAAAGCAACGGUUUUACUAACACUAACCCUAUUCCAAACACCAACUCUAACCUAACCUAACCUUACUCCAAGUUUGUUUCUAAACCAAUCUUGAAGAAAAAGUUUUGACGAAAUGUCAUUCUGAGGUCGGCGAAAUAACUUCUUCCCCAGACAAUGGGCCUUUCCAGACCCAAAUAUAUUUUAGUGCCUGCAAAAAAGUAUAUUUUAAGCUCACCCAUGUCAUGAUCCCAGGGCUCUAGCUUGCGUCAAACGUGGACGUUCUUGUUAUAUUUUUCGGGUAGUUUGAUCGUUCAAUCUUUCAAGUAUAUCGAUCCCUUGGUCACAGCCGUUAUUAGAGUAAUCAUUUUUGUUCGCAGGUUUGUUAUUUCGCACUGUCUUCAGUGCUACGGUGAAGCAGUUUCGAUGGAAACCGAACAAGGUCAGUGACGAGCCGUGUGCAGUUGUAGAUUCGAGUUUCUAACUGUGCUUAUCAACUUUGUCAAAUGUUCAUUGUUUUAUUUCUGCACAGAUAACGGAGAGACAUAUUACAAAUUAUCCGAAGCGAAAGUGUGUGUAUUUUUUGCGGAGUUUUUGUUGCGACCAGCAGGAAGGGUUA